AACUACAGGCUCGUGAGGACGCAGCGCGCAGAGAGGAGCGGAGUUAACGGGGAUCCAUGGAGCGGCAUGUCUCGGAACCACAGUUUCCCGUCUCUUCUCGUUCACGAUGCACUUUAGGCUUUCAAUAAGAUGCGUGUGUGUGUUCAGAUAACCAGUUUGCUGCUCGCCGUCAACUUUUGCUUCCAGCCGCUGCGAGCUCAGGAUCCUGCCUGCUGUCAACAUGCCGCCGAGUUGUCACCCUGCAAAGAAGCUUGUGACCAGCUCACCACCAUUAAGAGUGAAUCACAUCUGAAUCAUCUUUUCCAGAGGUUACCCAGUUACUGUCCAGAGUCCAUGAAUGAACUUUGGAUGUGCAUCAACUCUACACUCCCAGGUGUUUCCAAGAAGUCUGAAGGCUGGGUUGGGCUCGGCUGCUGUGAGUUAGCCAUCGCAUCCGAGUGUCGAAGGGAAUGCAAACAGGCAUCAUCCACAAAUGACAUUACAAAAGUAUGCAAAAGAGUCACAGAGAACUCCCUUUACAGCUGCAUCACCAAAAAUGAAAUGGGUUCUUCAUGCUGCAGCUUUGCAGGCCGUCACACCACAUGCAGGGAUUACUGUGAGGCCAUCUUCAGGACAGACUCCACCCCCACAGAGUCCCAGAUCAAGUCUGUCAAAACCUACUGUCAGAGCCAGAGUCACAAGCUGCUGGAGUGUGUCAACAACUUCACAGAGUCCUACCCCGUACGCAGCCCCAUCGACAGUCUGUACUGCUGCGACCGGGCGGAGGCCACCCAUUGUCAGGUAGCCUGCCGGCGGAUCCUGCGCACCAUGAAUACAGAGCAUGAGAUCAUGGAYGGUCUGAUCAAUGAGUGCGGCGCCCAGCCCCUCCCUCAGGACCCCAUGUGGCAGUGUUUUCUGGAAAGUGCUCACCCUCCUUCCCCCACUGAGGAGAUCCCCCAUCCAGGCAAGAUGGACCUUGCCAAGCUGCACUGCUGCUCCAAAGCGAACACGUCUCACUGCAGGGACAUGUGCCAGAGGAUCAGCACCCACUGGGGCAGCCAGACGUGGCACGAUUUCGACCGCACUUGUGAGUACAACCCUGUGGAGACGGAGCUCAUCAACUGCCUGGCAGAUGUUGGAGAGCCCUGCCAGUUGGGCUGCAAGGACCUGACGUACUGCACCAACUUCAACGACCGGCCCACAGAGCUGUUCCGCAGCUGUAACGUGCAGUCCGAUCAGGGUGCCAUGAGCGACAUCAAGCUGUGGUCCAAUGGGACAAUCCAGAUGCCGUUCAUGGCCAUCCCAGUGCUGGACAUCAGGAAGUGUCUGCCUGACAUGUGGAAGGCUGUGGCCUGUUCUCUGCAGAUCAAACCGUGCCACAGCAAGUUCAGAGGGAGCGCCAUAUGCAAGUCAGACUGUGUGGACAUCCUGACCCAGUGUGGGGACAGGAAACGCUUCCAUGAAGGACAAACCCCAGAGAGGAUCUGUGAGCAGCUGUCUCCCAUCGAUGACCCUGAGCACUGCAUCCCCCUCCACAGAUACCUCAUGCCCAGUUCCUUGGGYGAUGCCAGGGUUGAGGAGGUCAUCCAUCCAUGCAACCCCAACCCAUGUCCCAGCAACAACAUCUGCCAGGUGAACAGAAAGGGCUGCAACGAUUUGAGCAACUGUGAGCCGUAUCUUUGUGAACCAGGGUGUAAACUGGGCGAGGCCUCAGAGUUUCUGGUGCAUCAGGGCGCUCGAACACAGGUUCCAAGCUCCUCUGGUCUUGCUGGUUGUUACGAGGUGUGCACCUGUGGUCCCAGUGGGCGCCUGGAGAACUGCGUGGAGAUGCCAUGUGUGGAGACCAACAAGGUCUGCAUCGUGGAGGGCCAGAGGAAGAACCAUGGCACCUCCUUCCAGACCGACUGCAACACCUGUUCCUGCUUCGCCGGCGAAACAAUCUGCUCUAACAGGAAGUGUCCCGGCUCCAGCUUCCCAGCUGCUGGUCACGUCCCUGGUCUUCCCUGUGCCUGUCCAGACCACUUCAUCCCAGUUUGUGCCUCUAACGGGCAGACCUACCCCAGUGGCUGCGUGGCUCGCUGUAUGGGCUUCAGGGAUCAUCAGUACGUCUUCGGCCAGUGCCACAUCAGCCACCCCUGCACCAGCAAAACCUGCCAGAAACAACAGAGGUGCCUCCCGAAGCAUCGGGUGUGUUUGAGCUCAUCGGACUGUCCGCAGUACGAAUGCGUGACCAUACCCAGGACCUGCAAUAAGAACGUGUUUGAACCGGCCUGUGAUACAGACGGAGAAUCCCACAACAACCUGUGCCUCCUGCUGCAGGAAGGGAAGACUCUGGCCUACAUGGGAGAGUGUCAGGAAGCCUGCAGGARGCCCCAGAAAGUUUGUGCUCAUAACGGUGAGACCUACGACACAAUGUGCCACGCCUUCUCCGACCGCGUGGCUGUUGACUACGAGGGUCCCUGCCACACUGUGGGGGCCGUGUCCGGCGUGGCCCGCGAUUCAGCGUGCAGCUUGGUUUCCUGUCCCCCGAUAACGACCCCUGGCUGCCAACCCAUCGUCCCGCCUGGAGCCUGUUGUCCCGUCUGUGGCAGCAUGCUGCAGAUCCUCUGGAGCCAGAAGCUGAUGAACACUUUCUCUAAGCUGAAUAAGAACCACCCGGUGACCGUCCUUGACGUCCUUCAGACUCUGCGGCUGUAUGUCUCUGUGCCACAGUGUGACAUCUUCGGUUACCUGAGUAUCGACCACCAGCUGGUAGUCCUCAUCGCCCCAGUGGACCACCAGCCAACCCCACUGCAGAUCCAAGCCUGCAGCAAGGAGGCUGAGAAGAUCGACUCCCUCAUUAACUACGCCAGUCCCACUCUGGUGUCCCACGUCCCCCUGUCCACCUUCCUCAGCUCGGAGAUCAGGACCUCCUCCGUCCUCUCGGGGGGCUCGCGGCCUGCGCCCCGCCCCCCCGGCCUGUGCCUCCUCCUCGUUCUCCUGGUUUCAGCUGCUCUGGGUCCUCGCCAGCUUUAAGUGCCUGCCUGAAAGUCUGCCUCAGUAACUCUGAUCCAAAGUGUCCCACUGCCCCACCCUGGGAAGGUGGAGGUGUGGGUUGGGGGGACAGCCGGGGCAGGCGGCCAUGAUGACAAUCAUUCCUGUUGACUCACCUGCGUUUCAAACAAUCAAGCUGUUAUUGUGGAAAAGCUUUUGUAGAAGAAGUAUUAUUCAGUGGUGGGGUACUUGCUGGGCUUCCCUCCACUGAAGUGUGUGUGUGUGUGUGUGUGUGUGUGUGUGUGUGUGUGUGUGUGUGUGUGUGUGUGUGUGUGUUUGAUCUACCUGCAGUAUUAAUCCAGCAGUCUCAGCAGCUGCUACGAGGGAAUGUAAA